GAGAGCUGUCACAAUGCCAUUAUUAUUUGUUUAUUAUUAAAUAGUAUUUAUCACGUAAAAUUAUUCUUCAAAUAAAGUUAAUAUACUAAUUCAACUGCAACUCAUUUCUAUAAGGAGAAGAAAUACUCGCAUAUUACAUUUUUCAGAAUAAACUUAGGGGUUAAGUUUUUGGGGUUAGUAAAUUAAGCGGGAAAACAAGGAUCUGGUGUAAUAACAAAUUACAUAAAAAAUAGUUUUUUAUAAUGGUUACAAGGGAGACUAUAUGUGAACAAUUUGAAGCCUUGGGUUCAGUUCCAUCCGACAUUGUUUUGAGUAAAUGUGUUGAAAUUUGUGCAAAUUAUGGAAUUGACGACCCAGAACAGUUCGUUGAGCAAUGGAUGGCAUUCAGUAUUUCGAAUCUGGGGGGCGCAGAACCAACAUUGGAAUAUUUAAAACAAAUGGAAAGGAAAGAGCUAAAACGAAAUGAAAAUGUUAAGGAAACAAAGAUUAUUCCCGUGGAUAGCUUUCCACCUCAUGAAUUAUCAUUGACCAAAGAAAUUUUAUCCUAUAAUUCUUAUGUGAAUGACUUAGAUAAUUCACAAAUAAAAGAUGAUAUUGAAUAUAAGCCUGGUGCUGUGGUCUGUACAUAUGGUAAGUUAAAUUCUAAGGUCACCACCUGGUUGAAUAAAAAUCUCAAAUAUAAUGUGGAGUUGCAAAUUGUACCAAAUAAAAAAGGGGAAUAUUUAGAUAAUAACGCUCUUUACAUGUUUGAUAAUUUGGCAGAUAAAUGUAACAUUAUAGGAGAUCAUAUGUAUAUAACUGGCCUUCAGCUAUGUGAUAAAUAUUUAAACAAUAGCAGUCAAACAAAUGCUUCAGACAGUACUAUUGCAAACACUUCUAAUGCUCAAAACACAACACACUAUUCAAAGUCGACUAGUAAUGAUUAUUCUGAAUUAAGUUUUGUCAAUGCUAGUGGCCAAGAUAUUAAGAAAAGCAUUGGUCGAAUAGUUUGUGAUGCCGAUGGACGUCUAAAUCCAUCUUCCGUUAUGGUUCAUAGUACUGAUGAUCAAGCACUUAGAAAGUGCCAUUUAAACUUCAAUAACUUACACAGUUAUGACUUAUAUCCCGGUCAAACUUGUAUGAUAAACGGAGUGAAUCCUAGAGGAGAUACUAUUUACGUAUCAGACAUUAAAAGUGAACUAUCAUCAAUAAUGCCAAAUUCUUCCCAAAUUACAGUUACAGAAGGUCCACUGCAUAUAUUUAUAGCAUCAGGGCCUUUUACUUCCCCAGACAAUCUGAAAUAUGAACCAUUCAAAAAUAUUAUAAGUUAUGUGAAGAAACAUCAACCCCAAGUUAUCAUUCUUUUAGGCCCUUUUAUAGAUAGCCAACACGAACUCAUAGUGGAAGGAAGUUUAAAUGUAAAUUUUAAUGAUUUUGUUGAAACUUUAUUAACUGAUCUUAUGGAAGCAAUUGAAAAUCCCACAAGUAAAAUAAUAAUUGUGUCAUCAUCUAAAGAUGCUAUAUCUGCAGAAGUCUUUCCAACUCCUCCGUAUAAAUUAUUUAAUGGAUUAAACAAACCACACCUUAUGCUGCUUCCAGAUCCUUGUACUAUCAAUAUUCUAGGAAUAUUGUUCACUCUAACAUCAACAGAUGUCGUGAGGCACAUGCAGGAGGAAGAAUUGGUUCAUAAUGCUGGUCGAGAUAUAGUUAGGCGAUGUAUUCGUCGUAUAUUCAGCACACGGAACAUGUAUCCCAUAUACCCACCAUCUAAUGAUGUCAGCUUGGAUACUCAAUUAUGGUCGCAGUUCUGUGAAAUUGAUUCUAUUCCCCAUAUUAUGGUGCUUCCUAGUGAUAAUAAAUAUUACAUUAGAGACAUAGACGGUUGCAUCAUUAUAAAUCCUGGUAGAAUGGUUAAUGAAAAUUCAGGAACAUUUACGAGACUAGAAAUACAUCCAAGUGUAGGUACAAAUAACCUGAUUGAGAGACUUGCUUGUCAAACAAUAAAGGUUUAAUUA